GGAGAGAGUCUCACACUCCGUGUGGCUUCUCACUGGAAGAGAGAAGAGGCUGUGGAGAGAGCGCACGAGCAGCAGAGCGAGAGCGAGCGAGAAAGAAAAGAGAGAGAGAGAAAGAGAGAGAGAGAGAGAGAGAGAGAGAGAUAGAGAGGUGCCGUCGAGCAGGAAGGACCCCUCUCUCGGCGUGUGUGUAAAAAGUGAAGAGGCAAAUUAGCUCAGCAUCUUCACGAGACGCCCUCACACCUUCAGCGAGUGGAGGAGAGGAGAGAAAAAGAGAGAGAGAGAGAGAGAGAGAGAGAGAGAGAGAGGAAGAAGAAGAGGAGAGGAAGAAAAAAAUCACGAGCUGCUUUUUCCUGCUGAUGUAAAGGUGACAUGAGGAGCUUUCAUGCGCCGGCUCAAGUGGGUUUCUGAUACACUGCAGACUGACCUGUCAGCCGUCCCUCGAGGCUCUGUCCGUCUACUCUGACCAGGAACUUUUGGGGUUUUUUUGGUUUGUUUGCUUGCUUUUCUUGUUGUUUUGUUUGUCGGAGGUACCUGAGAACAUGGGUGGAUUUAUCCCCACACACUGAGGAUUUUGGAUGAUCGCUGACACCGACUGACACAAGACCUGACCAGCACAGCCUGUCUCCUGCCAUGUCGUGGUAUCUGUGUUUGUGGAUAGCUGUUAGCUGCCUAGUGCUCUGCCAGGCCACUCUGUACGAGACCAUCCAGCAGCACCACGUCCCCCGGCCCGGCCGAAACGCCAUCCAGAUCCUCGAGGGUGGAACGUGUGAGGUGAUAGCAGCUCAUCGGUGCUGCAAUAAGAACCGGAUUGAGGAACGCUCUCAGACGGUCAAGUGCUCGUGUCUGCCGGGUAAAGUGGCCGGAACGACACGCAACAAGCCCUCCUGCGUGGACGCCUCCAUCGUGAUUGGGAAGUGGUGGUGUGAGAUGGAGCCGUGUUUGGAAGGAGAAGAGUGUAAGACACUGCCAGAUAAUUCAGGCUGGAUGUGCUCCUCUGGAAACAAGAUCAAGACCACCAGGAUUCAUCCUCGGACCUAACCCACAGCUCGCACCAGACUGCGCACGAGUGUCUCCUCUGUCACAGCGGACUAAACCAUCCCAUCAAAGCGCGGUUUUGAGUGGAUUACCUGCGACAGAAAAAAAGCGAAGGAGGAUAUCUGUCCUCCAAGUAACAGGACAUAAAACAAGCUUUAGCUGAUGAUGUGCCAAGGAUGUUAUUCUUUAUUUUCUCUUCUUUCUUUUUCCGGUAAAAGACAAGCUAAUCUGUGUGCUUGAUUGAGUCGGACCGCAGGUGACUCCUCUUCUCAAACAGCCGUGACCAAUUUCACUACAUGUUCUUUCCCCCCAAGUCCCUGCUCACCCCCACCCCCAACACACACAUACACACACCCUCCAGGCAGUUACUCCGCGACAGCUUAGCAGGCCUACUUAGCGGGUGUAAAACAAUAUCUGAAAGACGCUAACCCCCGGCCCCCCCCCGGAGACGCAAAGUGGAUGAUCCUGCUAAGCUGAGGAUGACUGAAGAGAGGAUCAUAGUGGAUCAGUGACGCGAAGGAGAAAAUGAGGUGGAAAUCGAUUCGAGAUUUCACGCCUGUCCCUUGUUCUCAACUUUUUGUGGCAUUUCUGCGUCCAUUAAGGAGAAGCGACCAUCUGGCUUGGACUUGUUAGCUUUUACUUGCUAGCAUCCGGCACAAACUGGUUAGCUGUCUUGCUAGCUUGGACUCAGCGUCUCUUCAGAAAGAGCCUAACCCCUCGGCCCACCUUCCACCUCCCACACGGAACCCUUUGAGGCAAGGUCAACAGUCCCGCACUCUCCGACUAAGGCCUGGUCUCUUUUUAUCUGUCGGCAUGCUCAAUGUACUUUGUUGGAGCUUUAUUCGUACCAAGAGCGACUCUGUACAUACGUGUCUGUACAUAAUAUAUAAAUAUAUAUACAUAUAUACAUAUGAUACAUAUAAAAAACGUAUGACCUU